GAACCUGCUUCUCCGCACAGUAAAAUGGCCGAGAUGAAACUGGGAGUGAAAUUCAUUCUGGUGACUCUGCUCCUGCAGCUGGCCUUGACUGAGGGAAAGCCUACUUCAGAGUAUGACUUUGGAGACGUUGUAUUCUUUAAAACUGCUCACAAUGUGCCAGGGACUCAAUGUGCUGUCACUGAUCACUUCGGUGUAUUUGUGGGCAACAAUAUAAAAAUUGAAGGCAAAGCUGAAGGAGACGACAUUCUUGAGAUAAACAUUUCUCCUGCAGUACAACAAAAAAGCUGCCGCUUUGCUAAACUUGGAAGCAGGACGCCACAAUCAAAAAGUACACCUAAAUUUGAAAAUGAAAGACAACGAAAGGACGAAACGAUUCAAGGAAUUGGGGAUAUCAUAAUCAACUGUCCAAACAUAUACAUUAAGGAUAGUAAAAAUGUUAAAAACGUAGGAAACAUUGAAUCUCAUGCCGGUAAUGCUCCAGCCGGUGAAGAGAAAGGAAAUCGGCUCUUGAGAUAUCUAAGUAGGCUCUUUGGUUGUUGUUUCGGAGCGUGUCAGGCAGCAGGAGGAAUAGCAACAGCAGUAGGAGUAGCAACAGCAGCAGGAGCAGCAGGAGCAGCAGGAAGAUAAGAGAGAUACUUCAUCACACCUUAAUCUCUCCUCCUCUUCCUCACUGUCAGUGA